AAAUUUGUAGUCGUAGUGGAUUUUCAGAGGCGUUUAUUAAAUUGCUUUAAUUCGUGUCUAAAGUGCAGUGAAAAUUAUUCGAAAUGUUAGCUUUGAUCAAUCGUAUCCUUGAUUGGAUUAAAAGCUUGUUUUGGAAAGAAGAAAUGGAACUUACAUUGGUCGGAUUGCAAUACUCUGGAAAAACAACUUUUGUUAACGUCAUUGCCUCUGGUCAAUUUAGUGAAGAUAUGAUUCCUACAGUUGGAUUCAACAUGAGAAAAAUCACAAAAGGAAAUGUUACAAUCAAGGUUUGGGAUAUCGGUGGUCAACCCAGAUUCCGAUCGAUGUGGGAGAGAUAUUGCCGCGGUGUCAAUGCUAUUGUAUACAUGGUAGACGCGGCAGAUCAAGAUAAGAUCGAGGCGUCUCGCAACGAGUUACACAGUCUCCUGGAGAAGCAGCAGUUGACGGGCAUCCCGGUGCUGGUGCUCGGGAACAAGCGGGACCUGCCUCACGCGCUUGACGAGCACGGCCUCAUCGAAAGGAUGAAUUUAUCGGCGAUCCAGGAUCGUGAGAUUUGUUGUUAUUCAAUCUCGUGCAAGGAAAAGGACAAUAUUGACAUCACGCUACAGUGGCUCAUCCAGCACAGUAAGUCAGGGAGCGCGCGUUAAUACUUUUACACGUUACAUUUUACAAGGUAUAGUUCCGCUUACACAACAACACGCAAUAAAUAUGCCUCGGUCAUCAUACGGAUUUUGUUUAUAUAAUCUUUAUCAUAGUCUUUUUCAAUUAAAUGAAGGUAAAAAUAAGUAUAUAUUCAAUAAAAACUUACUUUAAAAAUUUGCAUUUUUAAAGGUUAGUGCAGACGAUUGGAGGCGAUAAGGUUAUAGUCGCCUUUUUUUACUUCUCGUAAUAGUAAUCUCGUAACUUUCUGUUAAAGUUUAUUUUAUGACCGUUUUUGUUAUUGGAAAUAACAAAGGUUACUUGGUAAAUAAAUCUGAACAAGUCUAUUUCAUAUUGAGUUUCUGGAAUUGGAAUGAAAAUAAAAAUUUUCCUACAAUUAAAUUGUGACCAUUUUGACGCUGCAGUACCUAAUUGCUUUGCAGUGCUUUUAAAGCGACGACUCAAAUUACUUCUAAUCUGUCACGGUGUAUUUGUAGGCUGCUGUAAUUGUCAUCAAUUAUUAUAUUGUGUAUAUGAUGCUAAAGAUAAGGAAAUUCAUUUGUAAUAUGCGAGAGAAAAAGUAUCUUUUAUCGUGUCAAUUUUACUCCUUCUUAAUUUUAGUUUAACAGCUUGGUGUUACUUGAAAUUGACUUAGUGUGCAAUAAUGGAUGAGAGGUUAUUUGUUGCCUUUAAAACGAGACACAAUCGGAACUUGGCCUUGCAAGAUGUAUGCUUGAUAAAAUUGUAAAAUCGACUGAACUGAUAAAUUUUUCACAUACGGAUUACUGAUAUGUAGGG